GGGAGCGCGGAGCUGCGCGGCGCGGGCAUGGCCGGCGCCCGGGCCGGGGAGUCCCCGGAGGGGCGCGGGGGCUGCCCGCCCGCCGGGCGCGGGGCUCCUGCGCCCGCCCUCCCCCGCCUGCCUCCCGCCUAACCCGCGAUCGCUCCCCCCCUUCCCCUGCCGAGGCGAAGCUGGAGCCGCAGGAGAUCCGCCGGGCACAGGGAGGGGACAGGGAUGGGUUGUUUUCUCUCCCCCGCCCGCCCCGAGACCUGAGGAGAUGCAGCCCAAGUUCGCCGCGAUGACUCUGCUGCUGGCACCGGGGUUUCUCCGCGGCAUCGCAGCCUCCGGACCGCCUGAACACUGCUCCUUCUGAAUCGUCGGCGCCGGGUUAAAGCUCAGUUCUCAUGUUGUGGUUGCUGGGCUGCCGAGCUCCCGUUUUGCGAUGGGAGGUGGAGGAAGAGGGAUUGUCCGUGAGUCAACACCGAAAACGUGAUUAGGAGGAACUGCUUUCACUAAUCUGUUUCUAACCUUUCAGUCCAUGUUGGCCUGUGACCCCUCUCAGCUUUCACAUCCAGCCUCAUCAGACCACAACUCUGGUCUCCCUAUGGAAGCAACUGUUUGUAUCUGGCUUUGAGGUCCCAUGGAGAAGCCGAGGAGGGGGAUGGCUCUUCACAUCCAUGGAGCCUGGAUACUUCUGUUUGUGCUCCCUGCUUUGGUCACUCCAGCUGCCAUCAGCCAUGAAGACUACCCCGCUGACGAAGGGGACCAGACCUCCAGUAAUGACAAUCUGAUCUUUGACGAUUACCGGGGGAAGGGCUGCGUGGAUGACAGUGGCUUCGUGUACAAACUGGGAGAACGUUUUUUCCCAGGGCAUUCCAACUGUCCCUGUGUCUGUACUGAGGACGGACCUGUUUGCGACCAACCAGAAUGCCCUAAAAUCCACCCAAAGUGCACAAAAGUGGAACACAAUGGAUGCUGUCCAGAGUGCAAAGAAGUGAAGAACUUUUGUGAAUAUCAUGGGAAAAAUUACAAAAUCUUGGAGGAAUUUAAGCCCUCGCCAUGCGAAUGGUGUCGCUGCGAGCCCAGCAAUGAAGUUCACUGUGUUGUAGCAGACUGCGCAGUCCCCGAGUGUGUCAACCCGGUCUAUGAGCCAGAGCAGUGUUGUCCUGUCUGCAAAAAUGAAAUUCCUGAAAUGGCCAGAUUUUAAGAUUGCACUUAAGCCCCCUUCAGUCACAGUCUAUGCAAUGUGCUGGUUGGUUGUGCAGAUGCAAGGGAAUGUGCCCAGCCAAGGAGAAGAAGUGCUGCCCACGCCGGAUCUUGCUGGACUCCACCAUCCUCCCGCCAGGUCCUGGCAGCUGAAGGCAGUGGCAUAGCACAGCCACGUCACCCUGCAUGGUUGUGAAUUCCUGAUGGCAGCCAGCUUUGGGGGCACUUGGUCACCCCCACGGCCACCACCCCCUUCAGGCGCUAGCCGAGGGGCCACGGGAAGGACUGGAUAAUGUUCUGUGUGAGGACAGGAGGAGCGUGAGCUGUGGUGCCCUUUUAGCUUGAUUAAAGCAGUGAUUGAUUACCAAAGAGGAAAGAAAGGAUAGAUUUGAAGGCUGGUAGAAGAUCAAGACUGAAAAUGAGGAGGUGAAUUUGGGCCAGGCAGACACCCACCUGACAGAAUACUCCUGGCAGGCACUCACCUGACAGCAGUGCUUCCUUCACUGUUCCUUGAGAAACUAAUUUUCAGUGGAGCUCGUCCAUCUCAUCACUUCAGGCCAAGGGGUAAAGGCGUGUAGACGCUGAACUUGCUGGUGAGAACUACAUGAAAGCAUCCAUCAAGAGCUACAUCCUCCGUUGCUUUGGAAAUCUCCAGCACCUGGAUUAUCCAGAUGAUUAAAUGCUCUGCUGACUCACGAUUGAUCUGCUCCCUGUGGUCACAGCUGUUGGAAGACGCCUCUGUAACAGUGAAAAGCUUUGGAAAAGUUAAAACUUCCCAAAUUAGCCAUCCUGGUGUUGGACAGCAUCAGGGAGAGCUGAGUUGAAUCUGCCACCUCGUGAAGCUUCAGAGAAGGUGAGACUGAGAGCGACGAGGGAGAGGAGAAGCCUUUAGAGAACAAAAAAGCCCUGAACUGAGCAGCAUUAAUGUGAUUAAGCCCAUCCCACAGCUCAGUGCUCGCACAGAGCCGGGGUGCUGGGCUGUGCAGGGACAGGGAUGCUGCUGGAAGAGCUCCAUUCCCGGGAGCUGCAGCCCGGAGCCAGCGGAACAGCGGCCCCUGAGCCUGGCGUGGUCACCUGCACGGGGCACUGCUGCUCCCCGAGCCUCUGCGCGCUCUGCCUCUGCCCGGCAAGCCAGACAGGGAUAACUCCCCAGUGAAACACGGCAGGAAAAGACUGAAGGCCGGGCAGGAGAUGAGAGCUGCUACUCUGGAUUUGUACCCCAGGUCCUAACCGUGCUCCCGUGCUUCCAUCACAGAGCCACAGUCUGUCCUGCUUACUCUGUGAUCCAGAGUUCGAUGGAUGUGACAGGCACCCUGCAGAGGGGGUCAGCGAGGCUCAUGGGGAGCCGUCCGUGGGAUGGGGCCAGCUCCAAAGCUCCCUUUCAGCGCACACGGCUCUCAGAGAAGUGGGAAAUGUUACCUGCUCUGCAUUACUCUUCAAACUCUGAAAUAUUUAUGGAGAAACUUUUGCUCGUAAUGAUUGUCUCCCCUUGGGGAAGUGUUGCUGAAGUGUGUGUGCACUGGCCUGUGGGAGUGGCAGAUCAAGUGUCACUAUCAUCAUGAUGGUGUCCUGUAGAAAAGGGAUGGGUUAGGGGCUUUGUGGAGGGGAAGAGUUCCUGGAUUCCCCUUGGGGAGCCAGGUUCCAUUGCAGAACGCAAGGAGCCUGGGCAGUACUGAAAUUAAAGCAGGCAUCGUGUUGCUAUUCCUGAUUCUUGAUGUGACUUUAAAAUACCAGAAGUGACUUUAUGACCCAAUGACAUUGCUGUAAACCAUUUUGCUGCAAGAGAAGCUUAAAGCCAAA